AUGCCCGCGGGGCUCCUGGCGCUGCUGCUCGCAGCGGCGCCCGCCGCCUGCAUCCAGCUCCAGGCGGGCGGCCAUGGCGGGGUGGCAAGGGGGCUCUCGGACGAGCGGUGUUCGGCGCCCCUCCAGAGCGACGCCUGCUACGAGAUGGUCUACCGCGCGAUGCGGCACGACAUCGCGCGGCACCCCGAGCUCUACCCGAGGCUGGCCAGCAGCAGGUUCAGCCUCGGGGACAUGCGCGCGCUUGGGAGGGGCUGGCCGAGCAGGCGAGGCUGGGAGGAGCUGGCCGACUCGUGCGAGCCGUGCGGGGCGCCCGAGCAGGAGAGGGCGCCGAUCGGCGCCGCGAUGCGGCUCCACAAGGCGGGCUGCCACACGGCCGUCGCAGGUGAGGCCUGCCACCGGGAGGUGACCUGGGCGAUGCAGCACGGCAUCGUGGAGCGCCCCAGGUGGUACCAGAGGCUGAGCAGCAACUCCAGCUUCGAGGAGUUCCAGGCGUUCGUGCACGACGUCGACACGUUCUACCGGUUGUGCCCCGCGCCGUGCGCGGCGCACGACGGGGCGCCCGCGCAGCGGGGUGGCGGCGGAGGGAAGCCUUGCGUCGUCUUGGUUGUGGUGCGCCGUCCCCGCGGCGGCAGCGGCUCCAUUGGCAGCGGCGGUGGAGGCGGGCCCACUUGCCCGGGCGUCGGCUGCAGACUCGACGCGGGCAUCCCGGCAUUCGGGAAUGGCUGCCACGAAGGGGCGCGGAGCAUCACAAUCUGUAACGGCUGCUGGUUCUGCGGCGGCGCUGGCUGCUGGAGCGCCCCUGUGGUCUGCAGCUGUUGCACCACCUCCUGCGCCACCUCCUGCGCCGUGGGCAUGUUCGCUGCAUUCCUUAGUAUGUUCAGCACAUCUUCUCGCGACUCUAUCCUGUCCAGCGCGUGCUGGAGAAGGGCUACUGUCGGCGGAGGGUGCGCUGGAGGCGCGGGCUGGAACUUGGCGGGAGGCGUCGCAUGCUCCGCGAUCGGGGAGCGCUUCGGGCCUGCUGGGAGGACCCGGGAGUGCUGA